UGCAGAGCUACGGCACAAUGGCGGCGGCCGGAGGAGGACGAGGGAAGCACAGGGAGGCGAUGGCGGCGCUCGCAUGCAUUUCCUCGGUGACUCUCCUCGCUGCUCUCGCGCUGGUUUCCAGCGGCACCAGCAAGGUCGGGCUCUUCCAGGGACAGCCCAUGGUUGCCCCUGUGAUCGACAGCAGGGAGCUUGCGAUGGCUCCGGCCUUCUGGAAGACGAGCAUGCUUCACUCUGAGGAGCGUGUGGUAGCCAAGAACUUGGCGGCGGACAUGCGCAAGCUGUGGGCGGCGCAGAAGUCGAGGAAGAACAAGGACAACAACAAGGUUGAGAAGCAGGAGCUGUCUGACUUGAAGAAGGUCGAGCUCGCCAAGAAGCGCUACGACACCUUAGCGGCUAUCAUUAACGAGGCACCAGUGCUUAGGAGGAUGAACUCUGACAAGCCUCAUGAGGUUCUGGCUCAGGACCCCAGGACAGGACAGAUCUUUGUCUUGUACGAGUACCACGUUCCUGGAGGCUACCUUGGAGGCGACAACGGCGUUGACUCUGACUACGAUGCCGUCACUGCUCCUUCCGAGUACUACUCCUCUGCUGAGAAGGGCGACGCUCCUUUCACAUGGAGCAUCGAUAGGAACCCAAUCUACCAGGGCGAGCCCAAUAACUACGCUGGAGGAGAGUGGUUUAACAUGAGGAGCGGUCCUGCCCGCCUCCGUGCCCCUGUAGCGCAGAACUUGUACGAGUACCACGUUCCUGGAGGCUACUUGGGGGGCGACAACGGGGUCGACUCUGACUACGAUGCCGUCACUGCUCCUUCCGAGUACUUCGCUACCGAUGAGAAGGGAGACGGUGCCUUCGAGGAGCCUGCUGGUCGGGAUCCUGUGUACCAGGGAGAGUACCACGACUACGCUGGAGGAGACUGGACCAACAUGAAGGCUACCCCUCAGUCUCUUGCUGCUGUCCCCUACAUGAUGUCUCAGCCUGUCAACGCCGACGUCGCUGUCAUGCGCGAUGGGGCCGGAAGACUUCGCCUCGUGAACCUUGCGGCGGUCGAGGGGCUUGAGAGGGCCGAGCUUGCUCGCGCUGCUGCCAGGAACCGCAUGGCGCUGCAGCUCAUGGCUCGUCGUCUUGCUCGCAAGAACUCUGCCGCCAAGGUCAACCACAAGGCCAAGCCAGCUGCCGCUGCUUCCCAGAAGGUCCCGGUGAAGGAGGUCAAGAAGGCUGCGCAACCUGAGGUGAAGAAGUCCACGGCCAAGAAGUCGCAGACUCAGAUGCUUGCGGAUGCUUCUUGGGGCUCCUCCUCCUCUACCAGGACCUGGGGCAAGGUUUACAACCCAAAGCUCGUCACCCUCCCUAAUACCGACAAUGCCAACAAGGAAAAACCUUUGAGCUCGCGUGCUGAGAAGGAGUUCCAGCGAUGGAACAAGCUUGCGCAGAAGGUUACCGACGUCUACGACCCCAUGAGCGAGCACUCUUCUAACAUCAAGCUCUCGCUCGGCAAGCACGACAACUGGU